AGAGCAACUAUUACGCAUUCUGAAACCGACCGGAACUAGCAAUGUACUCCAGAACAGAGAGCCUGGUCUUCUCACUGCCAGCGAACACUUUCUUCCAGCAGCAGUUUGAAUUCAGACCGAUGAUGCCGCCGCGCAACACCGAGCCGGAGAUCUUCACUUUCGAGCGGAUCCCGGAGCCGCAGCAGCCGGCGUUCCCUCACCGCGGAGCCCCGGUGCGCCCGCGCAAGAGGAACACGCGCGUCAUGUACCCCUCCAAAGUGCGCAAAUAUCUGCCACCGGCCGAGAAAAGCCCCGCCAAACGCUGGCUGAUCAUCCUGUGCCUGGUGGUCUUCAUGCAGAUCUACACUGAGGAGGGAUCCGUUGAGACCACGCAGAGUGAAGAACCAACUUCAUACAAUGUUCUCUCCUUCCAGUCUUCUGACGAGCAAACCAGACAAAUGAUGGGCAGCUGUCCCGAGGACUUGAGCCUGGUGUCUCAUCAGCAGCUCAAGUCUAGCAGCGAGGAGCAGAAGGAGAUCUCUUGGCUUCUGAACACUACAUGCCCGAGCUCAAGCUGGGACGAGGACAUCAACACUCUCUACCAGCAGAGCAGGAGGAAUGGAUACGUGGUGGCCCUUCUCUACCCAGUGUACCAUAGACUUGGCACAGAAAACUGAAUGAACUCAGAAUCAAGUCUGUGGACUAAUCAAGUUCACUGAACCUUCUUGAAAAAGAAAAAAAACGGCCUCCUGUGGCACCCAAGUCAUGCCUGAAGAACCGGCUAGACUCCACAGAGCGGGACGAAGUGAUGAAAAACACAAGCUGAGGAGACACCUGAUGGACUUGAAUGACGAAGAAACUUUAUAAUGGAAUGAAACUUGAACGGCUCUUUUAGAUGUUUCACUUGAAGUGUACAGAUUUACCAUGUAGCCUCACAAGUAGACCUGUUUGUUGUAUGUCUAAACUCAUGAGGGUGUCGCAGUGACCAUUUGUGUUGCUGAACGCUGCCGCUCGCACAAAUACUUGAAUCUCAUAUUGAAGAUUUUGAUGAAGAAAUAUUUGUUGUAGCUAUUUAUUUAAUGUUAUUUAUUUAUUGUUAUUUGCUUAUUUAUGUCCUACUGUCUUGUGAAAUUAAACUGACAUUUGCAUCUUCAAUUCU